AUGGAAGCAGCUCCUAACUUCUCUCCUGUGGCUUCAGAGCUACGGGGGCAGGGUCAGGAAGCCCCAGGUGUUGAAGAGUCUGAUGCGUGCACCGGCAAGCCGCUGCCUGCUGAAAGUGAGUUGGGGUUUGAUAAUCAUCUUGAGCGUCUUUGCGAGGAGCUUGAGGAGGCAGGGACAGGGCGGCCUUUGCCUUCGCAUCUUGAUGCUUUCGUGCCUUCAGAAAUAGAUAGUGAGCAGCGAGAAGCUUGUGUGCGCGAUCGAAAGUCUGCAAGGGAAGUGGUCAAUUGUGCUGACAGCAGCUUGCUUAACGAUGCUUUGGGGGAUUCCGUGCUUGCUCUGGGAAGGAGUGUAGUAGACAUUCCUUUGCCUUGGGAGCAGGAGAGCAUGAGUUUGGUCUUUGGAGAAGAUGAUUCAGUAACAAAGCUUUUGGCAGGUCUCCCGAAGCACAUACCAGUGCCUGCUGUGUCCAGCUCCAGUAUCCAGCCUUCAGACCUUGUUGCCGAGCCACCGGCAAAGCGUGCGCGACAGAUGCCUGAGAGUGGGGAGUGUUUCAGGGUUGCUAUUUCUUCAAGGGCCUACGACAGUUACGCGGAAAAGGAGGAGGCUCAAUGGCGACGUGCUCUUGAGAAGUGGCUGGUCAUUCUUACUGAGUGCCCUGGUUCGUCAUAUAUCGGAGAAACGGUUGCCAUCCAAAAGACUGAUGACGCAAUUGAAACUUUGCGUGAACUCUUUGGGCGAAAGAGUGGCAGUACAGUCAUGAAAAGGGGAUCGGCCCUCAUGGGAUACCUCUCAUGGGGGCGAAAGGAAUGCAGGGGCAGUGACCUUUUCCCUUUCAAGUCCUCGCAUCUGGAUGGAUACUUGAAGCACCUGAAGAGAGAGAAGCGGCCAGCCGGGGCUUUCACCAGUUUCCAGGAGUGUGUGAAUUUUGCAAUACAUGUGGUCGGCAUUGCUGUCGAUGAGUCCGUCAUAGGACCAAAGCAAAGCACUGUGUGGAGCCAUUGGAGUAAAGGUCUUAUUGGUCAGGCACAGUUGACCAAGGCAGAGCGGAAGCAGGCCACAGUCCUGCCUGUGGCAUAUGUUGCAGCCCUGGAACGUUUGCUUGAAGAUGAAUCGGUCAAUAGCUUUGAUCGUUAUGCCUGCGGUGCCAUCUUGUUUGGGAUCUUUUCCAGGAGCCGAGUUUCGGAUUUGCGAAAGACUUUCGGUUGGUUCCUUGACUUCAGUGAACUUGUAAGCGGAGGCGAAGGUUUCAUUGAGUGCAAGACCCGAGAUCACAAGACGGCCAAUGCUGUGGCGCAUACAGGCUUCAGCAUGCCUUUGGUGGCGCCCGCGCGGGGUGUUACAUCUUCGGCUUGGGCUGUGACAUGGGCCAAGGUUGCAGAUGAGGUAGGUUUGGGUUUUAGUUCCACCCGAGUAGGACCCGUGCUACCUGCGCCUGAUCAGAAGGGGGGCUGGACUCGACGAUGCGUCGAUUCAGGAGAGGUCACCAAGUGGAUGCGUGCGUUACUUGACAAGGCCGGGUGUGAUGUGCCUGAGUCGUCGACUUCGCAUGCCAUCAAAGGGACUUCUUUGAGCUGGUGCUCUAAGUUUGGAAUGGAUAAGCAUACCCGCCUGAGAUUAGGACACCACAGCAGUGGCGACGGAUCCUUGGAUGCUUAUGGGCGCGACAACCUUGCGCCAGCCCUCUUGAAAUACACCGAAAUGUUAGGAAGCAUCAGGCGAGGUGUGUUCAUGCCUGACUUGAGCAGAUCGGGACGGUUCGCCGAUCGUCCGAUUGUUAAAGUCGAAGUAUCAGAAGAUGAAACUGCAUCACCGAUCGUGCCUGUGAGUGCGGCUUCUGAUGAGGAGGGAUCGUUAGGCAGGACCACUGAGUCGUUCGAGAAGGUCGAUGCUGUUGCCAAUCCUUCAGGGGUCUCUGCAGCUUGCGGAGAACAGGACUGCGAGAGUGAAUCGAGCGACAGCUCCAGUGAGUCGGAGCCUGAGUCCGGAGAUGAAUGGGUCAAGGGCGAGGACUUCCGACAUCCAGCGAGCAAGCCUAGCACCUGGAGGCCUGAGGCCACCAUGUACAAACAUUCUAGGACUGGUGUUGUGCAUCUCAUGAGUGCUGGGAGUUCAGAUGGGCUUUUUAUUUGUGGGAGGGCCCUCACCAAUGAUCAUGUGGAAGUCAGUGGUGUGCCUUUCCUUGAGUUGCGGAAGUGCAAGCAGUGCGAUUCGGGUCGUCCUGUUAGAGAUGUUGGCAGCUUGAAUGUCGCGCUGCAGCAGAUCAUGAACUGUAGAGAGAAGUGA